GCACUAGAAACCACCCUGACAGUCGGCGCGGGCGUGGUGGGCGGCACUCGGGUCCCCGGCGUGGGCGUGGGCGCGCUUGGACCGCCCUUCAGCCGACUCCUGAAGAUGACGCCCGUGAGGAACAGCCUGCCGCCCGUCCUCAGCGGCCUGGCUCGGCUCCGCGCGGAUCUCCACCCGUCCAUGAGUGAUGCAGAUCUGUACGAAGUGAUUGGAAGCGCACUAGACGCAAUCAUAGUGGACGCCAGCGGGUUCCCUCCUGCACAAACGCAUGCUCUCCAGCUGCUUGUAUUAACAUGGGGCGAAGUACAGGUUCUAACGGAAGUUUUUACAAGUGUACUCACUCACUCACACGCUCGGUACAUCAGCGCUGUACACGUAGUGGGCCUGGUGUCGGUGUUGCAAGACAAGAUGCAGGAUGACUUCCCGGCAGGGGACGCGGCAGGGGGUAUAUGGGUGACAGGGGCUUCCUACCCUGCCGACCCUUUCACGUUGUCAGCUCUCCUCAGGCCGUGGCUGGCAGAGGCGAGUGGAGCGACCGCCCACGUCACUCUCACGAUGCCCCCCAAACUGAACGGAGACGAAACAGGCCUUACGUUGUUGCUCGAUCUGCAAGAAGUGAUGAUCGACCCCUUGAGUCUUCCGAGCUCCUUGUCAUCACGUCUUAUUGUUCAUCACAACCUCUAUCGUACUGUCUCUACCACACAGGGUCAGAACGUGCCCAUCGUGGAGCUGGAGGUGGUCAAGCGGUUGCACUGCAGCAAGCUCGCUGCGGCUGUCUUCGGACAGGCCACCUACCUGUUACCCACGGGAGCCACCUCUCUCCCCUUUCGACCAGAUCUGGGAAAACAAACAGUACGUGGCAGCCAUCUCAGAGCAGCUGGCAGCCAGUGGGGAGGCUCUCUUGGCGCGGGUGUCUUCCCCAGGGGCUCUUUUAACGCCCAAAGUGGCUAUUUUGCCGGCAACGCACUGUGCAGCCCUGUCGAUGGUCCAUUUAGCUCCGGCCGAGUUGAUGUUACCGGAGAGAAACCUGGAGGUCCUUUACGAUCUGCCAGAUAAGAUGAAGAAAGACAUUGAAAAAUGUUUAAGUUCGCUAGAAGUGACAGAGCUGCAAAUAGAAGACCAAGCGACGGCUCUUGUCCCGGCCCUAAUACAGCACUUGACGAAGACUCCCAGGAACACAGGAGGCUCUCGCAGCCUGCAGAGUAACAGGGUGAUGCCGCAGAUCACCUUUGCCACGAGACCUCAGCACCCUGCUUUCGUCAGGGAAAGAGGCCGCGCAACAAGUGGGCGCGGGGCUCGUGGUGGGGCUGUUGGAGGCCGAGGUGGGGGUGCUGGAGGCCGAGGUGGGGGUGUUGGAGGUCGAGGUGGCGGUGCUGGAGGAAGAGGUGGAGGUACGAGUGGGAGUCGCAUGGGGCAAGAGGCAAUCCAGAACUACCAGAGGAACAGAUUUAGUUUUGUUUAGCUUGCUUUGUCAAUAUUCUCUCCUCUCACUUUCUUUAUGAUAUGAGGCUGGUUUGUUUGGAUUUUUUUUUGUUUGUGUGUAAUACAUUUGCUUGUCUUACACAUACAGUUAUCUGUGUAAUGUUUCUUUCCUGCAUUAAUUCUGAUGAUAUAUAUUAAGUAUAGUGAAAUAUUUUUGUCUUGUAAGCAGAUGAAAAAAAAAUCUUUUCAUUUCUUUAUCAGUUGAAUGGCUAAUUUGUAGAUGAGGCUCAAUAAAAUAUAAUCUAAUUCUC